CGUUUGAAACCCACAUAGAGAAUUCCAGCGCUCGACGGCGAGGGUGUGGGAGCCACUGGCACGCAAAUUGGCCAGAGCCGCCCCUCCGGCCUGCCCUGCCGAGACCGUGCCCUCUGGACGGGCGGGCGGCUUCCCGGAGCCCGUCCCGCUGCCCGGCGGCCGCGGCAGGUGUCCGCUGGGGGCUGGGCCGGCGGGCUGCGGGCGCGGCGUCACCCUCGCCGCUCUCGCUUCGGGGCGGCAGAGCGGCUGCGGCCGGGGCCCUGGCGGAGUAGCCGGGAGAGCACAGCGGCACUUGGCGGCGGGGUCCGGGGGCCGUUGGCCCUCGGCCUGCGCGGAGCUCCCUGAAGGCCCGAGCUGGAGUCUGGCGGGCUCCUGCCCCCGCGGCGCCUAGCACGGUGCCGGGCCCUCACCCAGUCAUCGCAGGGCUCAGCGGGCGAGGAUGGGCUGAGCCCAGGCCCUGCAAGGUGUCACGGCGGUGUCGCAAGGGGGGAGUGCCAGAGACCCUGGGGAGAGCCAGCCCUCCCCUUCCAGCUGUUCCCAGAUGUCAUUCUGCCCGCCAAGGCGCCUGGUUCCUGAGCUACGGGGGAUUCCACGGUUACUAAGCUACUGGUUUUUGUUGACUUUUAAAUAUUUUCUUCUAAGGGAGAGGGGGAGGGGGGCAAGAGUCAGGAAAGAGCGAAAAACGCCAAAUCAAAACAAGCGCCCCCUCCCCAAAAGAAAGCUGUCUUCCACCCACCACUCCCGCACAAAUCGAAGGCCUCUGAACACCAUCGCCUUGCUGGGGCAGCAGCCAAGCAGGACUGACCCACUUCUGCCAGGACCCAUCCUCAUCUCCCUUUCUGGUGAAUGAGGGGUGGUGGCGGAUGGUCCCCUUGUCUUCGAGCCCUGGGUGGACAAAGGGGCUUCCGGAAAGAGAGGAGGAGGAUGGCCAGCGGGAAUGGGCUCUCUUCAUCCUCGGCCCUGGUGGCCAAGCGCCCCUCCGCCCUGGGCCCAUUCCCCAGAUACAUCUGGAUCCACCAGGACACACCCCAAGACAGCCUAGACAAGACUUGCCAUGAAAUCUGGAAGAGAGUUCAAGGCCUGCCGGAGGCCUUGCAGCCCAGGACCUCCACGGAGCAGCUCUCUGUCUCCAUGGCUGGGACUCUAAGAGACCACGGAUUCAGCUUCCAAGAAGAGGCCCUGGAGCUCUGCAGUGGCAAAGAUGAGAUCUCCCUGCUGGUGGAGCAGGAGUUCCUGAGCCUCACCAAAGAGCACCUCAUCCUGGUCAAGGAGAGCUCAGGGGAGCUGGAGGUGCCUAUUGGCCGCUCUCCCGAAGGGACCAAAAAGCUGGCUCCCUGCAUUCUUGCACCUCCCCUGGUGACAGGCAGUAGUGAGCGCCCCAGAGCCUCCUUCAGUGCUGGUGACAAGCUCCUGGAGCAGAAGGUGGCCAUGCCUAUUCUCGGCAGCCGGCAGGACUGCGAUUCUGCCAUGUCUACAGUCACGGGGAUCCUGCGUGCUGCCAAGGUCAAGAGGGCCAAGGGGUCAGAAGACAGGGGCCACAGCCUGGGGGCCUCCAACUUGGAGAUCAGCAAGCUCCUGGCCCAGUUCCCGCUGAAGUCCACGGAAGCAUCCAAGGCCCCUGACAACAGGAUGGUGCUGGAGGAGACAAGAGCCAUCAAGGACUUCCUGCAGAAUAGCAUGUUCAAUGGCCCUGGGCCCAAGGAGUCCACGGGGCUGGGCCCCUUCCUACUGCCGCCGCCCCUGCCGCCUCCUGCGGCCUCUGACAAGCUCUCUGAGCUCUCUGCUCAGAAGAGGCAGCUCCCAGUGUUUGCCAAGAUCUGCUCCAAGCCCGAGGCUGACCCCACCAUGGAGGGGCACAACGUGACGGAACGGAAUCCUGGCACCAAGGAGCCGACCAAGGGUCGAGAGAGCCUCUUCCUCAGCCAGUGGCCCCAGAGCCGGAAGGACACCUGCGGUGAGGAGGGUUGCAGUGACCCAGUGGGCACCAUGUCCAUGACCCUGCCGACCAAGAAGCCAGCAGGGCCGGCCGAGAAGAACCUGCUCUAUGAGUUCUUCGGGGCCACGAAGAAUCCAAGCGGGCAGCCGAAGCUUCGCAGCAAAGCAGAAGUGGAUGGGCCGGAGCUGAAAGUUAACCCACCUGUGACCGCUGCCGACAAGAAUAACUUCAAGUACACAGGGAACGUUUUCACCCCACGCUUUGCCACAGCCUUGACCUCAGCAACCCUGAACCAGCCACUCUGGCUCAACCUGAACUAUCCACCUCCGCCGGUGUUCCCGAAUCCCUCCAACUUCCCCCAGUAUCAGGGCGUGUACCCGCCACGGGCAGCAGCAAGGAUGCCCUAUCAGCAGCCCGUGCACCCCCCGAUGGGGUGCUACUCCCGGCAGGUGACGCCAUACAACCCACAGCAGAUGGGACAGCAGAUUUUCCGCUCUUCUUACACCCCACUGCUGAGCUACAUCCCCUUCGUCCAGCCCAACUAUCCGUACCCUCAGAGGACACCCCCGAAGAUGUCUGCCAAUCCCCGGGACCCUUCCCCCAUGGCAGGGGACGGGCCGCAGUACCUCUUCCCGCCAGCCUAUGGGUUUGGCUCGACGUCUGGUGGGCCUGUGAUGAACAGCCCCUAUUUUUCUUCCAGUGGGAACGGCAUAAAUUUUUAGAUCUCCUUCCCGUCUCCCCCCUCCUCCCUUAGCCCUCGGGUCAAGGCUAAGGGCUCUGGGAUUCUGGAUUCUGCAACCGCUUGGUAUGAAGUUUGGAAAGCCAAGGUUCUGACCAGGCCGACAGAAAACAGCAAGACCAGACCCAUCGACCGACCAGCACUUACACGCACAGCACAGACACCCCCCGCGUAUCCACGCUCGCUCUGCUCGUCCACACACGCACCUGUAUUUAGCUACACGAGUGAUUUUUGUUUUUGUUGUUGUUGGUAAAAUAGAAGUAAGACACUUAAAUGUAGAAAGUUUGUAUUUUGUGAUAAAAGUAUGAGCUGCUUGAAACAGA